AUGGAUUUCACGAGAAAGCUGAGCUUUUUGGUGUUUCUACUCAGCGUUCUCAUCUCCCUGAAGAACCAAAAUGCUGAAACCAACAAGGGUUCUUGGUUUUCGUCCUACUACUCAUCUCCAUUUUCCAAAGCUCCAUUGUCAUCUCGCCCAAUGUUUACCACAAGUAAGAUGGGGAUGAAAAUCCAAGAAUUCCAUAUUUCUGGGUCGCUCAGAUAUGAUUACUACAAUGAAAGUUGUCCCCAGGCUGAGCAGAUCAUUAAAUCCACUGUCCGUGAAAUCUACAAAUUGAAGCCUAGCAUAGCCCCUCAACUUCUCAGGCUGGUCUUCCAUGAUUGCUUUAUCGAGGGUUGUGAUGCCUCAGUUUUACUGGAUCCUCAUGAUGGAAUUGAUAGUGAGAAAGAGUCUCCCCCCAAUGAGUCCCUGAAGGGAUUUGAUCAUAUUGACAUUAUCAAGUCAGAGCUGGAAGAAACCUGCCCUGGAGUAGUUUCUUGUGCUGAUAUUCUUGUUUUAGCUGCGAGAGAAAGCGUUCUUCUGGCUGGUGGCCCAUUCUAUCCUCUGUAUACUGGCAGGAGAGAUAGUACUCUUUCGUACUCUGAAGAAGCAACAUAUGACCUUCCUAGUCCACAGGAUGAUGUUGUGAAAAUUACUGAGAAAUUUGAGUCAAGAGGAUUCGAUGAGAGAGAGACAGUUAGUCUCUUAGGUGCCCACAGCACAGGAAUGAUUCAUUGCAAGUUUAUUCUCAACCGGCUGUACAAUUUUGGUGGGACUAACAGGCCUGACCCAUCUAUUGAUCCUGAAUUUCUCAAUCUUCUGAGAUCACAAUGCAUAAGCAAUCAUGUCUCAUCUACUCGAUCAGCAUCACCAGCUCCGACACCAUCACCAUCCUCAUCAAUUAGUGGCUUGUCAUCUGCCUUAAUUCAGGAGCCAGGGUUGAAAAUGGACUAUGAAGGAUCUGGAUCAGGUUUUGGCACGUUGUACUACCGCAGUCUCUUACGGGGUAGAGGAAUACUUUAUGCUGAUCAACAGCUGACAGCAGGUGGAGAUACCGGGACUUGGGUUCAAGCUUAUGCCUCUGAUGCAUCUUUGUUUCAGAGGGACUUUGCUAUGGCAAUGAUGAAGCUCUCCAAUCACCGAGUUUUGACAGCACCACUUGGCCAAGUUCGAUCUGAUUGUCGAAAAAUUGAUUGAGAAAUUUGAGCAUAGUGCUGCUCCUUUAAAAUGGUGCCCGUUUCAAGUUGAUGCAUUCAGGUUUAACCAUUGGAUCUGCUGUAAUUGAUAUAGCCA